UAGCCCGGAACUGUGAGGUAGCAACAUGGAAGGUCUCUGAUCAUUUGAUCGUCCGUUCUGAUGUCAACAGAGCAGGAUUUUCCCUUUCCCUGCUUACUCAGGAAGACUAAUCAUCCCCUUAUAAACAUACAUUGAUGUUGUUGGGGAGUGUGAGCCCAUCAGAGGCGGCCACAGCGCCCGAGGAGCCGCCUAGUUGGCGGGCGAACCUGACGACGGGAGACGGCGCGACGCUGGACCUGUUCCCGUCAGACGAUGGCGGUCUGCACCACUGCAGCCACGGCGCGCUCAUGGGCCGCUUCGGCGUGCUCAUCCAGGGGAUACUGGGCAUCGUGGCCUUCAGUACGCUCAUGUUGAAAAGGUAUCGGGAACCCAAGGGAGAAAGAAGACCAUGGAGAAUCUGGUUCUACGACACAUCCAAACAGGCCAUCGGCGCUGCGUUUAUCCACUUCGCCAAUGUGUUCCUGGCAGACAUGUUCCAAGGGGACCCCUGUACAUGGUACAUCAUCAACUUCCUGCUGGACUCCACAGUAGGCCUGCUGCUGAUCUACCUGGGGUUAAAGUUCACCCAGUGUGUGGUCAGGUGGCGACACUGGGACACGCUCACCUUCGGGGAGUACGGUGAACCUCCCCAGUGUAACGCCUGGUUUGGCCAGUGUGCGCUCUACCUCCUGGUCAUGGUGUUUGAGAAAUGUGCCGUGGCACUCUUUGUACAGCUGCCAUUCUGGGACGAUGUGCGUAAGUUUAUCCUGUCCCCCAUCCACGACCCUAAGGUGGAGCUGGCCAUCGUCAUGCUCAUCAUCCCCUUCAUCAUUAAUGCGCUGAUGUUCUGGGUCGUGGACAACUUCCUGAUGCGGAAACACCGCAAGCUGAACGGGAGCGUCCACGUCAAGCAGGGGAGGUCAAAGGUCAAGUACUACCGCAAGAAGAACAGCGGCGAGAAGAAGGAAGACUCCGAGUCGGAGGUGCUGCUGUCGCCUAGCGACGAGUCAGACAGGUUCGAAGAGGAGACGAGAACGAUACCAGGAGACGUCACCCAGAGACAGCUGCUGGUCCCCACGCGGGAAAGUGCCAUUUUGUAACAUUAGCAACAUCAUAGACCUUCUAUCCAACCAAAA